CUCUUCUCUGCAGCUCAAAACUCUCUCUCUCUGAUCAUUUCUCUUUGAAUUAGCAGCAGCAUCCUCAAUGAUAGGGGAAAAGAAAAAUCUCAGGGAUUAUUCCUGAUUAUUCCUGAUCCCAGUUGUGUUCUUUAGAAAUAUCUGUUUCAAUUUAGUCCUUCAUUUCGCAAAAGAAAAAUCUCAGGGAUUAUUCCUGAUCCCAGUUGUGUUCUUUUCAAUUUAGUCCUUCAUUUCGCUAUAAGGGUUGUCGUUGAGAAAUUUCUCAUAUUUUGGAUGCUUCUCGCGCAACAAUAUUGGGUCAAUCUCUCUUGGUUUCUGGGCAAUUUUGAACACUGUUCAAAAUGAAUGAUUCAGUAAGGUACACAGAACACCGGCGUAUCACCAAUAAGCUCGUGAAAUCUCUGGCCAAACAGUUUCCGGUGCCCAAUGCCGACAAACCAAAAAUUGUUCGGAUCUCCGUCACGGACGGUGACGCUACCGACUCCUCAAGCGAUGAAGGCGAAGAAGAGCACCCACUUCGUCCUCAUCGAGUGAAAAGGCUGGUUAACGAGAUCAGAAUCAAAGAUUUCUCGCAGUACGCCACCGAAGACGCAAAGACUCAGAACGUAAAGCCAAAUCCGAGGCCUAACCAGCAGUCUUUUCCGGAAAUGAAGAAGUACCGAGGGGUUCGACAACGGCCCUGGGGGAGAUGGGCUGCCGAGAUCAGAGACCCUCUCCAGCGGACGAGAAUUUGGCUGGGGACCUACGACACCGCCGAAGAGGCGGCUAUGGUAUACGACAGGGCCGCCAUUCGCAUCAGAGGCCCCCACGCUCUCACCAAUUUCAUAAACCCCGAGUCACCGAAACAAGUAGUUGAUGCUGAGAGUCCGAUAGCCAGCAUUGUUCCGGUAAGUCCAACUCAACGUCCGGAAAUUGAUGUUGCGCCGCCUUGCGAUUACGAUUCUGGAAAAGAGUCUCACAGUGUCUAUUCUCCAAUCUCUGUUCUCAGAUUUCAGCCUCUUGAACCCAGAACAGAGGCGGAAAAUGACUGGAGACCGGCUCAAAAAGGGCAAGAUGAUUUUGUGUUGUUGGAUCCACUACUUUUGGAUGAUCAUUUUGAUUCUCUAAAUUUUCCACCGUUAUUUUUGGAUGACAAGAGCGUGGUGGCCACCUCGGGUUCAAAAGAAGAUUUCGGCGAUAUUUCGGUGGACUUGGAUGUAGAUUUCGGGUCUUGUAAAUGGGAUGUGGAUAGUUUCUUCCAGGAUCCUCUGGGAUCCUUGCAGUGAGACUCAGACUCAUUUCCACAGUAAUUCAGAGUCUUUUGGUUCACAGUCUUUUUACUGGACCGGAGAGGAGGACGUGAAAGAUGAGGGUAAAUAGCGUUGUGGUUUUGGUGGUGGUAAAAUGGUGAAAACGAGUUGAUGAUGUAUAUGACUCAUAUGAUAUGGUAAUUUAAGAGUUGGGUGGGUUUUUACUUGAAAUUGUGGGUUUGUCCGUUACUCAAUGUGUAUUUGAAUUCCUAAUGCCAAUAUUAAUCCUGAAUGUUGCAUGAUUAGCGGAAAUGACCACC